CUUGGGUGCCCGAGGGUGAAAAUAUGAGAAUUACUGUUGCCAUCAAAGUUCUUCGCGAGGACACGGCACCUAACACAAACAAGGAGUUUUUGGAAGAGGCGUACAUAAUGGCGAGUGUGGACCACCCGAAUGUUCUCAAGCUGCUGGCAGUUUGCCUAACAUCACAGCUGAUUGGGGGGACACAGCUGAUGCCCCUUGGCUGCCUCCUCGACUAUGUGCGCAACAACCAGGACAAGAUCGGCUCCAAACCACUGCUGAACUGGUGCACCCAGAUUGCUCGGGGCAUGGCCUACCUGGAGGAAAAGCGCAUGGUUCAUCGCGACCUUGCCCUAAGGAAUGUCUUGCUUCAAACACCCGGCUGUGUGAAGAUCACCGAUUUCGGUUUGGCUAAGCUGCUCAACAACAAUGAGUUUGAGUACAAGGCAGCUGGCGGCAAGAUGUCAAUCAAAUGGCUAGCAUUGGAAUGCAUCCAGCACCACAUCUUCACGCGCAAGAGUGAUGUCUGGGCAUUCGGCGUGACUGUAUGGGAGCUACUGAUAUACGGUAUGCGUCCUUACGAAAACGUUUCUGCGCGCGAUGUACCCGACCUGCUCGAGAAGGGAGAGAGGCUCAACCAGCCAUCAUUUUGCACCAUUGAUGUCUACAUGUUCAUGAUCAAGUGCUGGAUGCUUGACGCUGGUUCACGUCCCUCCUUCAAAGAGCUGGCCGAAGAGUUUGCCAAAAUGGCUCGCGAUCCAGGGCGUUAUCUGGUCGUUUCUUCUCGGUUCAAAGCACCAGAACACAUGUUUGUUAGCAAGGCACAGACUGAGAUCUAGAAAGUGCAAGAAAUCAAUGGGGAUCUCAUGCGUAAGUUGUAGAGGCUGCAGCUCUUUCUCAAAGAUCUCCAAGACUUCCGAAACAGCAGGCUCGAAAGC